CAUUUUUCAGGAGUUUCGCGAGGUCGCCAGAAGGCAGGCCGCCCAAGCUAGACUACCACAAAAUCUGUUUUACCUUCUCUAUUUCGUGGCCACGACCUACGAGAAAUCGAGCUUGUUGGCCUUCGGCCAGGCCUGUUUUUCCGGCGACCGCCACGGCGGGGGCGGGUGAAGAACACGCGAGGGACGGUCUCUGUGGCAAUAUGGCUGCUCCGGCCAUGGAAGGCGCGGCGGCGACGGCCCUCCGAUCGGUGCUAUCCCGGGUGCAGCAGGCUGCUGAGAGGUCGAGCCGCCCGGCGGAUCGGAUCAGGGUUGUGGCUGUGAGCAAGACGAAGCCCGUGUCCCUCAUCCGCCAGGUCUACGACGUCGGGCACCGCUGUUUUGGCGAGAACUAUGUCCAGGAGAUCGUCGAGAAGGCGCCUCAGCUUCCUGCAGAUAUUGAAUGGCAUUUCAUUGGACAUCUGCAGAGCAAUAAAGUCAAACCCCUUCUUGCUAAUGUCCCCAACCUUGACAUGGUUGAGAGUUUAGAUGAUGAGAAGAUUGCUAAUCAUCUUGACCGUGUGGUAGCAAAUUUGGGAAGGAAGCCACUGAAGGUUCUGGUCCAAGUAAACACCAGUGGAGAAGAGUCAAAAUCUGGCGUAGAACCCUCAGGUUGUUUAGAAUUAGCCAAGCAUGUCAAACUUAACUGCCCCAAUCUUAUUUUCUCUGGUUUAAUGACUAUUGGAAUGUUGGAUUACUCCUCAACUCCAGAAAAUUUCCAGACAUUGUCAAAUUGUAGAGCUGAAGUGUGCAAGGAGCUUGGAAUACCAGAGGAGCAGUGCGAGCUGUCAAUGGGCAUGUCUGCGGACUUCGAGCAAGCAAUUGAAAUGGGCAGUACCAAUGUUAGAAUUGGAUCAACCAUUUUUGGAGCAAGGGAAUACCCAAAAAAAGGAUAAGGGUCAUUAUAACUCCAAAUGUUUUGCUAAUGAUAUAUGUUUACAUGCUUUAAUAAUGAUGCAUGAAGGAUCUGAAUUAUCAGCAUUAAUUUUGAACUGUUGUGCUGCUUAAGCAUCUUCAGCAGGCAGGAGGACAAUUGUCUACAUAAUCAUGUUUGUCAAAUUCUGGAGUAUACCAUUAGUUGCAAUGCUGUAAAUUUUGAGAGUUUUGUACUUAAUGAGCAACAUAGUUUGUUUAAAAUAAUGAUGAACAUUGCCUUAUGAAUCGUUGGUUUGAUU